CCAUCAUGCACCAGCGUGACGUCACUCAUUUCGCAAGGCGAGUGGCUGGCGAGAGAAAUCCGGCCGCUUCCGUGUUGUUCUUGUCGGCUAGCAGCACUUUUCGCCGUCAUGAGCGAGUCUUUGUGAAGCUCGGACUUCACUCGACCGCCCCUCGUCCCGACAUGUCGCUGCCGCGCGGCUCCAAGAAAAAAGACAAACGCAUUUUGUCGGCCACCUGCCCGGACCCCAAGUGUCAGGCAAGCCUGUUCUUCCCGGCACACUGCUCCGUUAGCAUCGAGUGUACCGAAUGCGGCCAGCGUCACGAGCAGAAGAACCUGCUCAACGUCCAAGAGGUAACCGAUCCAGAUGUGGUGCUCCACAACCUGCUCAGGAACGCCCUGCUGGGCGUCGCGGGCGCCCCUAAAAAAGGCAAGGCAACCGAGCUGGUCAAGGUGAUGGGGCUGUCCAACUACCAUUGCAAGCUUCUCUCUCCCGUUCUGACCCGCUACGGUAUGGACAAGCUUAGCGGUAAAGCCAAGCUGCUGAGGGACAUGAACCAGGGCGAGACCUUCGACUGCUCGCUGCUGGGCGACCGGGCCUUCCUCAUUGAGCCUGACCAUGUGUCCACCAUGGGCUACGGCAAGGACCGCUCGGGAAGCCUGCUCUACCUCCACGACACCCUGGAUGAAAUCAAGCGGGCCAACGGCAACCGUGAGUGUCUCAUCCCUGUUCAUGUGGACGGAGACGGCCACUGCCUGGUUCACGCCGUGUCUCGAGCGCUAGUGGGCCGCGAACUCUUCUGGCACGCCUUGCGCGAGAACCUGAAACAGAACUUCAAGCAGAACCUUGACCGCUACAAGGACCUGUUCCAGGACUUCAUCGACGCCGACGAGUGGGAGGACAUCGUGAACGAGUGCGACCCGCUCUUCGUCCCGCCCGAAGGCGUGCCGCUCGGACUCCGCAACAUCCACAUCUUCGGCCUGGCCAACGUCCUGCAUCGGCCUAUCAUCCUGCUGGACUCGCUGAGCGGCAUGAGGAGCUCCGGGGAUUACUCGGCCACCUUUCUGCCGGGCCUGGUGGCCGAGGAGCGGUGCCGCGCAAAAGACGGCGAGCUCAACAAGCCCAUAUGCAUCGCCUGGAGCAGCUCCGGGCGGAACCACUACAUCCCGCUGGUGGGCAUCAAGAACACGGAGCUGCCCCGGCUGCCGCCCCACCUGCUCCCCAAGGCCUGGGGAGUCCCGCAGCAGCUCAUCCAGAAGUACAUCAAGGCCGAAGCGGACGGCGGCUGCGUGAUCGGCGGCGACCGUAGCCUGCGGGACACCUACAUCAUGCGACUGGUGGGCGCCAUGGAGGAAGUCUUCAUGGAGAAACACGGCAUCCACCCGGCGCUGGUGGCCGACAUGCACCAGUGGGUCUACCGCCGCACCGGCGUCAUCGGCAUUCAGCCCGAGGAGGUGACGGAGGCGGCCAAGAAGUCGGUGGCAGAGAACCGCCUCCACCGCUGCCUGGUCUGCGGCGCGCUCUCGGAGCUCCACGUGCCGCCCGACUGGCUGGUGCCGGGCGGGAAGCUCCACAGCCUGGCCAAGUCCACGCACGGGCAGCUGCGUCCCGACAAGAACUACAGCUUCCCGCUCAACAACGUGGUGUGCUCGUACGACCCGCAGAGCGACGCCCUCCUGCCCGACUACAAGCUCAGCUCGCUCGACACGUGCAACUGGUGCCGGGGCGCCUCGGUGCGCCGCGUCCGGGCCGACGGCCUGGUGGUGUACCUGGACGGCGACCGGACCGACACACGCUCACAAGGCGGCAAGUGCGGCUGCGGUUUCAAGCACUUUUGGGACGGCAAGGAGUACGACAACCUCCCGGAGGCCUUCCCCAUCACGCUGGAGUGGGGAGGCCGCGCCGUCCGGGAGACGGCGCACUGGUUCCAGUAUGAGGCCGACCCGGCGCUCAACAGCAACGUAUACGACGUGGCCACCAAGCUGGUCACCAAGCACUUCCCGGGCGAGUUCGGCAGCGAGAUCCUGGUGCAGAAGGUGGUCGACACCAUCCUGCGCCACACCGCCAAGAGGAACCCGGACGAGUACAACCCUGUGGCGGUGGACGGCGCCCACGACCGGCGCCUCGCCGCCGCCGCCGCUGCGGAGGGCGCUCCGCCGCCGACGGCAGACCCGCCCACCAAGAUCAUCCUGACGGGGCCCAAAGGCAAGACGCUCCACAAGGAGGAGCUGACCAUGAGCCAGGCUGAGCGUGACCUCCAGCGGAGCAUCAGCAACCGAGCCCCGGUCUUGCAGCGCCGCGUCAAGCCGGACCCCAAGGAUCGCACCCCCGCGCCCUCCUCGGCACCGGCCACCCCCACCAAGUCCCCGGCGGCUCCGACGCAGUCCGGCGGGGAGAAGAAAAUCCGCGUGAGCGCCGGCGACGGCCGCACGGCCACCCUGACGCUGGCGCCCCAGGCGUCCUACUCGGACCUCCGCAACAGCAUCGCCGAGCACUUCGGGGUGGCGCCCGCCCACAUGUGCCUCCGCUGCGGCUUCCCCCCUCGCGAGCUGCCGCCGCCGGCCGCCGGCCAGGAAAAGGAGCCAGUGGCGCUGAGGCACGGCGACCGGGUCACGCUGGAAAUCCUGAAAGGCGCCGGCGAGGAGGCCGCGCCCGCUUCUGGGCCGCCGCGAGAGAAUGAGGAUGCCGUGGCAUUGGCUAGGAUGAGUGAGCGUGACCUUCAGGACAGCAUUGACCUUGAGAUGUCCUCGCUGUGUCUCCUGGCGACCUUGAUGGGCGAGGACGUGUGGUCGUAUGCCAAGAAGCUGCCACACUUGUUCCAGCAGGGCGGCGUCUUCUACAACAUCGUCAAAAAGGACAUGGGCCUGAUGAACGGGAAGCACUGCACGCUGCCGCACCUGACUGGUCGCACCUUCGUCUACAACGCGGCGGCGGCCCGCGUCGAGUUGUGCGCGGACACCGCCGGCCACUUCGAGGUGUGCGGCGAAGUGGAAGAGCGCGUGAAGGAGGCGCUGGCGCGGCUGCGCUCGGACGCUUCCGGCGGCGGCAGCAGGGAGGGCAGCCCGUCGCACGGCGGUCUGCGGCUGGGCGGCGGCGGCGCCGUGCGCAAGAAGGAGCAGCUGCACGCAGUCCAGGCUUUCCAGGGAAAGGGUCACUCGCUGGGUAGCCGCGGCGCCUCCCCUCCGCCGCCGGAGCGCCGGCCCAUCGCGCGCCAGCACAGCGGCGGCGUGGACCUCAGCGCCGGCGUGUCCUGCGGCGGACCCCCCGACCCGUCCCACAUCCCGGAGAGCGCCGGGCGCGAGCUGGUGCGCAUGGCGCCGGGCUUCAUGACCAUGAAGGAAAGCCGCGGCCUGGACCCCGUCCUCAUGGAGCAGCAGCGCCGCAAACUGCAGGAAAUGGUCUCCUCCAUCCAGGCCUCGGUGGAGCGACACCUGCGCCGACAGCCCGCGGCCGGCGGACGGACCGUUGGUGGGCAGGAAGUGGCCGGCGGGAAGGCCGAGGAGGAGGAAGACAUGGAGAGCCAGGAAGGGGAGCGGGCCGAGCCCAUGGACCACUCCUGAUCUUCGCCGUCGCCGAGUGCCGACCGCGGUUGGAAAAGGCCGCUGUGCUCGCCCGCGUUCCGAAGGCGCACAUGCCGCUGAAGAAGUACGUAGGCUUCUCGACAUAUAUCAAUCGUGCGCACGUUUUGUGUAUGUCCGGCGCGGAGCUGAUUAAGUUGCGUUUGCGUGUGAACCGAAUGGCACGUUUGACCUUGUGAGAUACGUAAGAAGCGCGUGCGACGUAUGAAGCUGCGCGCUUGUGAGAUACGUUGCUUGCAUAAUUUGUACUUGGACGUGUCAAGUGCGAGUGCAACUUUUGCAUCGCGCGACUGAUAUUUAUGAAGAAGCAUGCGACAUCGGAAGUUGCGCCUGCAAGAUUUCCAUGACUUGGGCAUCUGGUGCACACAACUGAGAAAGUCGCUUUUGCCAUAUACAAAGUUUAGAAACGUAUAGUGCACAUGUUUUAUUCUUUUAUUUUGCGCAAAGGACAUGUUUAAAACGUAUAACUCGCACGGGCAAGAUUCGUGCAAACACGUGCCUUGCGGAUCUCGUGAGUGAGACUUACUAUUUUGCAGUCGCGCUUUUUUGAAGUUGGGGCUGCGGCUUAUGAAGAACACAAGUUGUCCGGGCGCCCUGCGUUGUUGGCCAGGUACAGAAAACACCCGCACUAGUUGUGUUUCUUGUGAGCGCACUUUUAGUAAGUCACACGCAUGAAUUAUUUAACUUAAAAAGUUGCUCCAAAACUUUGCCGUCAACGUCGUUUACGUAUCUCGCAAAUGCAACUUUGGAAGUUGCGUACGGAUGUCUUACGCAUGUAAGGGGAGUAACUUAGGCAGCCUCCCACACCUGCCUUGCGUAUCUCACAAGCGCCGCUUACUAAAUCGCACCCGAUGAGUAAGUCACAUAUACGCUCAAUGUAUCUUCUCCCCCCCACACCCCCUGCAACGUUUGUAAGUCGCACAUGUGUACGAAUCUUGAAUUUUGUACCUAAAGUGUGUGAGUAACUUACGUGAGUCAAGCGCGCCUUGCGUGUCUCGCAAGUGCAAUUUAGGAAGUCGCACGUGUGCCAUAAUAAUCUUGAAUUUGAUGUCUUGGGUUGAACUGACGAGAUUUCUCAAGCCAGUCAAAUUCGUUCCAAGUUAUCAAAUGGCUUCCGUACUAUUCCAUCUGCGUUUAGUUCUUGUUCCGACAUUUCCUGUUAUCUGCCGUCGCUGCAUUUCCAAUGGCUUGACUUUACUCUGUCGCCACGUAUGACUCGCAGACAAUGAAACUGAAGAAGAAAAGGCAUUCGGGCAUCAAGAGCGCAUUUCGGUGCCGUCCUUUGACGAAGCAGAUGUACUGGCGAGUUUUGGCGACUGGGUUGCUCAAAUGCCUUUUGUUUGCCACGCGAUCACUAAAACCCGCGUCGCCACGUCGGCCGUCCGGCUGACUAGCUGAAGCGUGUCGUCGUCUUUCUUUGUUUUUCACGGCACAAGUCUUAAUCGGUUGCGUUAUUUGUAAAUAUUUCAUGAGGCUUUUAUGCAAACGUCGCUACAAAGUGAAGAAGACAAAAAGUCAACACCAAAUGGAAGGACAGUUCCGUCGAGUCAACCUUUGAUUUAGUUUUGCUUGUUUGUUUUGUAACUUUGCCAAAAUAAAGGACAACUAUGUUCAAGACAAAAAAGGAUUAGCGUUAAAAAAAAAAUCCAGUUUGAAUUUGGAGCUUUUCUCUGACGUGAUGAGUGAACCAACAACCGCAAACUCGACAUCAUCCUUUUGCUGUUUGCACGCGUGAUGAUUUGACAAUAAAUCACUCAUAUUGUU